UUUUCUUUUUGCCGAUCCCCCCUCUUCUCCUACACAGGCAGUUAUUAGCAUUUUGUGGGUCUUGGCAAGGGUGAGGAAACAGUCGGCAGAGCAUCCCGCGCAGAAUGUGAAUGGACUUCGCACGUGGAGUGCUUCUGGAGUGUACGACAGCAAAAAUAUUGGUAUGCUGUUCCGCGUGAUCGUCGUGCUUUCUGCGCUGGUGGUUGAGACCCUGGCAUUGCCCAAGCUCAUCAGAAUAGGUGGUAUAUUUGACACAGAGGAUGAGGAGCAAGAAUUAGCCUUUAGAUUAGCUGUGGAAUUUUUCAACAGGGAUACAAUAAUGCGCCGGAAACCUGCACUGGUAGCGCAAGUCGAAAGAAUUAACACGGGCGACAUCUAUGAUGCUAAUAAGAAAGUGUGUGGUCUUCUGGAAAUGGGCGUGGCAGCGAUCUUCGGUCCACAGGAUCACCUGACGAGCUUGCAUGUUGGGUCUAUCUGCGAUGAAGUCGAAGUCCCUCAUGUUGAGACUCGCUGGGAUUAUAAGAAUAGAAGGGAUGAUCUUUCCAUUAAUUUGCAUCCAUCCCCGAGUGUCCUCAGCGAAUCUUUCGUCACCAUGGUGAAGCAUUUAGGGUGGCAGAACUUCUCGCUCGUCUACGAAGGAAAUUAUGGAAUAAUACGAUUGCAGAAUUUCUUGAAAGAAGCCGAAAAAAAUAAAUGGGGAGUGCGGUUAUAUUCCUUGGAUGACAGCAUUCCUUACCGAAAGGUAUUUUGGAAUCUGAAGAAAGAUUUCCACAAUCUCAAAGUAGACAAUAAGAUAGUGCUUGACGUAGGCAGAGAGAUACUCUUUGACGUUCUAAAACAAGCCCAGCAAGUUGGCAUGAUGACUGAAAAUCAGCAAUACCUGAUAACUUCCUUGGAUUUCCAUACCAUUGAUUUGAGUGAUUUCAAAUACGCUAAAUGCAACCUCACUGGUUUUCGCUUGGUACAAGAUUCCUACAACGAUUACCAUCAACUCAUUGAAAGCAUGGCCAGGCGACCUUACAAUUACCGGAAAGGGUUGACACAUGGCAUACGGGCAAAAACAGCAUUGAUGUUCGAUGCGGUGCACCUGUUCAUAUCAGCAUUGGAACAGCUGGACGUGGGAAAAGAGGUGGAGGAAUUCCCCACCAUUUCUUGCUUCGGUGGUGUCAAGAAAGGGACAGACGGAACAAGUCUUAUAAACUACAUGAAAUCGAGCAAUAUACUUGGAAUAACAGGAGGUAUCACUUUUAAUGGGCAAGGGGUACGUUCCAUGUUCCAGUUGGAUUUGAUGCAUCUCACUGAAGAAGGACUUGUGAAGAUGGGCGAGAUGUUACCUGGUCAAAUUGUGAAUAUAACACGAUACGUGGGAUUGGAAGAUUCUUCCACUCAACGUACUUUAAUUGUAACAACUAUAAAGGACAAGCCUCACGUCAUGCUGGUGAAUUCUACGAGGAAGCUGCAUGGCAACGACCAAUACGAAGGCUUUUGUAUUGAUCUCAUAGAGGAGUUAUCUAAAAUCCUUAACUUCAAAUACGAGAUCAGACUCGUCAAAGAUGAAGAAUUUGGGAAAGAGAAGAACGGAAUGUGGACAGGAGUGAUAGGAGAAGUUAUGCAAGGAAAAGCAGAUAUGGCUGUGGCAGGUCUUAGCAUCAACUCCAAAAGAGAGAAGGCUGUAGAUUUUACUUUGCCCUUCAUGAACACUGGCAUCAGCAUUUUGUACCAGAAGCCCACCACCAAGGUCACCUCCCUAUUUUCCUUUCUUUCCCCAUUUUCUGUAGAGGUUUGGACCUACCUCAUGAUUACCGUUUUCGCAGUCAGCAUCGUCACUUUUUUGGUAGGGAGACUCACCCCUUACGAAUGGAUCAAUCCCCAUCCUUGUCGCCAAGACGAUAUUGUGGUGGAAAACACUUUUAAUCUGAGGAACAGUUUCUGGUUCAACAUUGGCUCCAUCAUGCAACAAGGAUCAGAUCUCAUUCCGACAGCCUUUUCAACUCGAACGGCUGCCAGUUUCUGGAAUUUUUUCACUCUCAUCAUGGUAUCAUCUUACACCGCUAAUCUAGCCGCUUUCUUGACAGUCGAAAGAGCCAUCUAUCCUUUCAACAGCGCUAUGGAACUGGCCAAACAAAAGAAGAUUAAAUACGGAUGCGUCGAUAGUGGGACCACAAGAGCUUUCUUUGAAGAUUCAAAGAUACCGCUCUAUGCAGAAAUGUGGGAAGCUAUGAAGAGUGAUCCAACCAACUUAGUCAAAAGCAGUGAUAUGGGCAAGAAAAAGGUGAAGCAGGGCAACUACGCCUUUUUCAUGGAAUCCGCCUCUAUCGAAUACUUAUCCGAAAGAGAGUGCGAUUUGACUCAGAUUGGAGGCUUACUUGACAGCAAAGGGUACGGGAUAGCUACAAAGAAAGGCAACAGGGAAUUAUCAGCUAGACUUUCUGCAGGCAUUCUGAAACUUCAAGAGGAAGGGGUCCUUCAUACAUUGAAAAACAAGUGGUGGAAACAGAAGGACGGUGGCAAGUGCACAGUGAAGCAGUCGAAUACAGUGAGAGAACUCACUCUGGGGAAUGUCGGAGGGGUGUUCGUGGUCCUCAUUUUCGGUUUGGGAGUUUCUAUCGUGGUAGCAUUCAUCGAAUUUAGAUGGAAAACUUUCCAGUGGGAAAAUCCAAAUAAGGAUUCUUUCUGGACGCUGUUGAAGAACGAAAUAAAAUUCACGCUGUCAUUCGACCAGCAGACCAAGCCUGUCCCACAACUGAAAAAGAAAAAGUCAUCCACAACUGAUAACAGCAGAUCUUCAAUGCAGAGUCGAGGAACACAUCGCAGUGGAUCUUGAUCCCGUCACUCCAGAUAAUCUCUGUAUCGUCUGUAAAUAUUCAUCGCUUUGUACAAAUGCUCAUGAACAAAAUAAAAAUCAUUACUAACA